AUGCCUCCGGCCGGCGGUCCCCGCGCGCCGCGCCCCGCCGCGCUGCCCCGCAGCCUGUCCCGCCUGCGCGAGUGCCCGGGCCGCUCCCGCAUCGUGCUGGCGCUCGGGGCCACACAGAUGGCGCUCGGAUGCCUCAUCGUGGCCGUCAGCUUCGCCGCGCUGGCGCUCACCACCUCGGCCCGCGUCCGCCACUCCUGCCCCUUCUGGGCUGGCUUCUCGGUGCUGCUGUCAGGACUCAUCGGCGUCGUCUCCUGGAAGAGGCCCCUGUCCCUGGUGAUAACCUUUUUCAUGCUGCUCUCUGCAGUGUGUGUGAUGCUGAAUUUGGCUGGUUCAAUUCUCUCCUGUCAGAAUGCUCAGCUAGUCAACUCCCUAGAAGGCUGUCAGUUGAUUAAGUUCGACAGUGUCGAGGUGUGUGUCUGCUGUGAGAUGCAGCACCAGUCAUCGGGCUGCAGCAACCUCGGGGAGACGCUGAAGCUGAACCCACUGCAGGAGGACUGCAACGCUGUGCGGCUGACCUUGAAGGAACUCCUCUUCAGCGUGUGCGCCCUCAACGUCCUGUCCACCAUUGUGUGUGCGCUGGCCACAGCCAUGUGCUGCAUGCAGAUGGUCUCCGCCGACGUCCUGCAGAUGUUCCUUCCACAAAGGGUGCCUUCCGCCAGCCCCGCCUGCGUGGCCCCCCACGGCACCAUCCUCCACCAGACCCUGGACUUCGAUGAGUUUGUGCCCCCGCUGCCCCCUCCGCCCUACUACCCCCCAGAGUACACCUGCACGCCCACUGCCGAGGCCCACAGGGGCCUCCACCUGGACUUUGCUUCCUCCCCCUUCGGCACUUUGUACGGUGUGGCCAUCAACAGCCCUGGCCUGCUCUACCCCGCCGAGCUCCCGCCACCCUACGAGGCCGUGGUGGGCCCGACCCCCGCCAGCCAGCUUCCAAAUGCAGACCCGCAGGUGACUGAGCCCGGCUCCGGGGACCCAGACGCUGCCUCGGGCUUCAGCUCACAAGCUCCAGCCGACGACUUCAGCCUCCUGGCUUCCGAGGGCACCACCGCACCAGGCCUGAGCCCCCCGUCCCCCAGCGGCCCCACGAGCACCCUGCGGCCUGCCCUACUCCCCCACCGCACGCCCCCUGAGGGCCCCCGCCAGGGCACACGGGCACGGCCAGGUCCCAGGCGCGUGGCCCGCUCCGCCAGCGACCCCACCUCAUGCACAUCCAGGGCAGCAGGCGAUGCCUCGUCACCUUCCCCGUCCUGCAGCCAAGACUUUGAAGCAGGACUGUCCCGGGCUGCGCUGGGGACUGCCUCCCUGUCUCACUCCCUCACGGCAGCCUGUGCCUGUCGGCACCAGCUUUCACCCCCUGGCGAACCAGAUGCCUGGAAAACAGACCAGCGGUUAAAGCCAGAGGCCUUACAGACAGUCUCCAAAGAGCAGCCACGCUCCCUAGUGGACAGCAAGGCCUACACGGACGCUAGGGUUUUGGUGGCUAAGUUCUUGGAACACUCGAGCUGCUCCCUUCCUGCGGAGGUGAGGCACGUGGUGGGCUCCGCCCGCUCUGCCGUCCCCUCCGAGGAGUGCCACGUAGAGGAGGCCGUCCUCAGCGCCCAUGUCCUGGACCAGCUGUGA